UGAUUUUGGUCUCGUUUACUCUGAGAAAUGCUCACAUCUUACUCUACUUAGACAUCGUUUGCAUCUUACACCACUCUUGUUUUCCCAAAGCAUUACGAAUACCAAGUACAUAAAUAAUCUUUAGUCACCCCCCGCCACGCUUUGAUAACCGCGGCCGCCAACAGCCCCCUUCGAUCAACGACUUCAUCAAAGAAGCUGCGAUGGUUCAAAACAACCAUGUCGCAGCCGGGAGGCUGACCGGCACCAACGAUAAUUUAUCUCCUCACAAGGAUCGAACGACGGAGAACUUGAAACCCGUCACAUCAGAACAGCCACUCGUAAGCCGCCAGGUCUCACGACAAACCGACACCACGAAGCCUGCUCGACUAUCGGUAGAUGAUGUCACCUUAGCAGUACCAGCAGAACGCGACGUCGCAGAAAAAGACUACACACGGCCUUUUGAUAAUGGCUAUCACUUUCCGCCCAAGUACUCCUGGCAGGAGUCCACAAAGCAAGGGCUCUCCUCGUUCUGGGAGUUCUUUACAACGCCAAUGGGCUGCUUCUGGACGUUCUAUGGGCUCAACGUGGUAGCUUGGGGUGGCAUGUUGUUCCUUCUGCUCUGUAACGCCGCGCCGGCCAUGUGCCAUCCGACAUGCGACGAUAUCAACUCGCCGAGACGAAAAUGGGUUGAGUGGGACUCGCAAGUUCUCACGGGUCUGUUCUGUGUCACUGCGUUCGGACUGGCGCCAUGGCGUUUCCGGGAUCUCUGGCUUCUGAUGAAGUACCGCAUCAAAGGACAGCAGGAAGGCCUCCUAAGGCUUGCUGGGAUUCAUAGCAGCUGGUUUCGUCUCCCGGGCACGGAGGAGCUGUCCCCGGAUAUCGGACCAGACAAUCUCCCGACUGAUGUCCCCAAGCAGUGCGUUCCCAUCCCGAAGGAAAAGAUGCCCAACGCACCACUGACGGGCAUUCGAGCGCCGGCCACCAAGGUUUGGAAGAUGGACUUUAUGAUCUGGUGCAUGAUUCUCAAUACCUUGGCUCAGGUCGGCCUGUGUGGUAUAAUGUGGGGUAUGAACCGGUAUAACCGCCCGAGCUGGUCAACGGGAUUUCUGGUAGCUGUCGGAUGUAUUAUUGCUAUGGUCGGUGGACUGGUCAUGUUCUUUGAGGGAAGAAAGGUGAAGAGGGUCGAAGGUGUUCCUUGCAGUGAGCGAGAUCUGCAGAAGCUGGCACAAGACAAGGAGAUGGGCAUUUUGCACUACAACAACAUUGGCGACAAGAAGCCCAAACAGAAGAAGAAACAAAGCGAUCCUGAGAAAUAGAGAGUUCGUGGAAGAGGCAUUAGGCGUUUGGGCUUUGGGAUCAGGCAUUAAUCGAUGGAUCAAGUUUUACAACAACCCGGGAGGCUUUAAUGAUGGGAGUGUAGGAAAGGAUAUGGAACAUUGUUAUCGCUGUAUGGGCUGUGAGAAUAAGUGCGAUAACUUUUUGAUGGAACACGAUAGGUAGAACACCAUAGGUUAUCGCGGCUAUUAGUAUGUAUGAAGAGUAUAUGGAACCUACGAGCAGAGAUCGCCGUCUCACUACUCAAGAU